AUUAAAAAAUAAACAAUUAAUAUAGAAAUCCCUGAUUGGAAUAUAGUCAGAAUGAUAUAGCUUUUAAAGAAAAGAAGAAGUUAAUGGUUUUUUGAAAGCAGCUAAGAGUUUACUGAGCAGGAAAUUCAUGUUAGAUAAGAAAUUCUCUCUAAACAAGAAUAAAAGAACAUGGAAUUUUGGUAGAAAUGCAAAGAACUUAAAAAAAGGCCUCACCUUUUUUAAACAGAAAAAAAAAUAGACUUAGAUCACUACUAAGAAAAAGAUUUUGAUGAGAAAGAUGUCAUAGUUAUCCCAAUAUCAACAAAGAAGAACAAUUUAAUAAUCAAUUUAGAAGACUCUCCAAUAAGGCAUGAGGAUCACCAACUAGUAGUUUUAGAGGACAUUAAUGAUUGUAUAGAUAUCAGCCAAGAUAAUAUAGUACCGAACUUCUAAAUUGAAAGAGCUAAUGGAAAUUUAUUGAAUAUAUAAAUUGAAAAAGACAACGAAAUUACAAGUGAAAAAAUGAUCAAUGACACAUUUUAAGCUGUCAAAGAUAAUCAUGAAGAGUCGAAAGUAAAUGAAGAUAUUAAUGCUAGUUAAGACACUACUAUAUUCAACAGAACACUUGUCUAAUAAUUCAUUAAUGAGAGAAAGUAAGCCAUUACCGAAAAUUAGGUAGCUAUAGAAGAAAAUAUCGACAAGACAAAAGAAGCAACUACUGAAACAAAUUUUAACCUUUAAACAGAAAAAUAAGUUCAAAUAUAACAUCAAAUCAAUGAAAACUAGAUGUAGGAUAUUUCAUUUAAUUAAGGUAAAGCAGUUGUUAGCGUUUCAUCAAGUAAUAAUCUAUCUGAAAAUUAAAAAAUUUAAAGACCAAUUGUAAUAGAAGAAGAUAAGAUUAAUGAGGAGUAGAAUAAAUUGGAUGAUGAAUGUUAAGAAGAUUAAGCCAACUGGAUCUGGCUUCCUUUGAAGGCUCCAUAAUAAAUUCCUAUAUCUUACUUUGCCGAUUGGAAAUUUAAAGGUUAGGAUAAAGUUAAUUUGGAGUAUGGAAAAAAUUAUGAUGCCUCUACUAUAUUUAGGAUGCUAUUUACUCAGCCUUUAUACACUCACAUUAUUUAAAAUAUUUACAAAAAAUUUAACAAGAGAAUAACUAAGAGAAAUAUUUUCAAAGAUCCAAUUGAAAUAAACUCUUAUGACAUAGAUGCAUACAUAUCACUUUUACUCCAUUCUCAAUGUUUACAGCAUCCUAACUUAAUCAAUACCAUAAAUAAGAUAAAUUAAGACAUGGAUCAUCACAUUUUAGAGUUUAUUUAAAAUAACUUCUCAGUAGGAGCUAAAGUUUAAGAUGAAAAUGGCUGUUUUAAUGAAAUUGCAAAGAUUGAAUAGUUUAUUUCUAUGGUUAACUAAAGGUUAAAGUAACUAGUUUAACCAAAAGAGUAUCUAUAAUUGUUACAUAAAACUAUAGAAGGUAACUAUUUUAAAAGCAACUCUCAAUAUUUUUUGGAUGAAUUCAGAUUGUAUGACUAUAGUAACUCGUUUAUCGUUGAUGUUUAAUUUGAUAAAAGUACUCCAGAAUUGAAAAAGUCUUAAGAUUAUGUUUAGAAAUUAAUGAGGGUGUAAGCGAAUGUGCUUGAUAAUUAUAAAGGUAAAGGUCAUAAAGUUGUUAUUCAAAAUCAGCUAUUUGAUGCUGAUAUCCUUCGUAGUUUGAGACACUAAAACAUUGGUGUUGUUACCAGAUCUCAUAUAGAAAAUAUUUAAUUUACACCAAAAUAAUUGAAAAUUAUUUCUGAAAAUAAAUUAUUCAAAAAUUUUUUCUUUAUUUAUGAAAGAGAAGUAUAGGCAGUUAUAACACCAUAUUCUUUUUCUCAUAAAUACGCAUUUAUUUCUAAUUUUUUAGGUCUUGAAGAUACAAAAGAUUUAGCAAAUCCUAAAAUGCAACAAAUUUAUUCUGAAAAAGGAGUUGUACUAGAUUACAAGGAUAUUAAUCCUAGAGAUGUUGAAGGAGUUAAGUGGGAUUAAUUAGUCUUCUUGCGUGUACUCGAUGUUAUUGUAAAAAAUACCCACUCUUUGUACCAGUACAUUAAUAACGAUUCUAAGAUUACAAAGGAGUAAAUCAUAAAAGAUCUUAAGAAACAAUUUCUAUAAUCUUACUAAGCUCAUAGAGAGCUCUAGCACAAAAUAUGUAUUGAAAAGAUAUCAACAUCUAAGGAUUUUAGGGUUCACUUUUGGGAAGAAAAUUAAGGAGGUAAGAAAUAAGAGUGUAUAGUGUGCCACACAAAAACUAGAAAUUAUUGUAUUCAAUGCAGCGAAAAAAAGAAGUAAAUUAUUGGAUUUUGUGGAAACUCUAACUGUCUGCAAAAGCAUAAUGAGCUACCUGCUAAAUUGCUCAAUUAAUAAUUUUAAUCUGUUGAUGUUGAUAAAAAGAAAAAUCAAUAUGAUAGGCCAUAUGAAAGUGCUUCAGAAAGCGGAGGAGGAUUUAAAAGUAAACUCGGAUUCCGUCCUUUCGAUUCUAAUAAAGACUAGAGUUCUUUUAAAUCUUCUUCAAUGAAACGACUCGAUGGUUAUUAGAGCGAGGCCGUCUCAAGUAUAAAAUCGAAAAACUUUUCUAUUUACUAGCACGAUGAUGGAUUUAAGUCAGAUGCUGGUACAUCGUUUAAUAUUUUCUCUCACAAAAAGAAGAACAAUGAAAGUUAAACGUUUAAAACUAUUCAGUAGUUAGCAAAAGAACAUGACAGCUAAUUUAAUUCUUCUAAAAAUAUUCGUUCUUAUAAUAAUGAAAAUAGUUCACUUGCAGAUGAAAUAAUCAACGUUUACCAAAAGAAAAAGACAGCAAGUUCGAAUAACCUUGAUAAGAAUUCACAAGAAACUCAAUUACCUACAAAAGAUGCUUCUAAUUAGCUAAGAGAGGAAGAUAAAAAUUAUGCAUCUGGAAGUGAAAAAGUUCCUCUUAAAUUAAGAGAUUUUGCUCAAUUAAAGUCAAAAGGAAGUUUAUCCGAUAUUGAAGGCCAAUCUAAUAAUAGAAAUUAAGAUAACUAAGGUAGAGGGGAAACCAAAAAUAACUAAGAGAAAAAAAAGAGGCAAAGCAAAGUACCAUGGUAUAACACAGAGAUGGAAGAAGAGGAGGAUCGUAAAUUUAAGGAGUAGGAUCGCAGAAAUGCUUAGCAAAUAUUAUAAAACCCAAAAGUUAGAGAAAUACUUUUUGAAAGUGAUAACACUAAGAGAAGUUUAGCAAAAAAACUUGAAAAAAAUUAAAAAAUGGCAAUUGAGUCUAAAUUAUAAGAAAAAGAAAGGAAGACUGAUUCCAAUAAAUAGCAACAAUAGUUUAGCAAUACUCAUCAUUAAUCUAAAAAGUAAGUAUUUUAAUUUGAGCAAGAAGACCAUGAAAAUUAAAUCGAAAAAGAAAAAAAUUCUUUUGGAGGAAAAAAUCAGAAUUUCCCAGAACAAAAAACUAAAAGCGAAGUCCCCAAUAUUUUGCAAUAAUCGUAAUCAUUUGGCAUACAAGCAACUCCAACAUUGGGAGAUAACUAGACUGCUUCUUUCUCUGCUCAAAAUCAAUUGAAAGAUAAAAAUAAUUUGAAAGAAACAGCUACACAUGUAGAAAAGAAAAGAUUCUAAUUUGAAGAGGAAGAAGAUGAUGCUCCAGCAGUUUAAAAUAGUAUUUUAUCUUAAGAAAUAAAGCAACUAUCUAAAUCAUAAUAAUCUAUUCAUAAUUCUAUUUAAGAAAGUUAAAAUAAUAAAAUUUUGAACAACUAGGAUUUAGAAAACAGUUUAAAAAUAAGCUCUUAAUAAUCUUUAUCUAAGAAAUUAGAAAAAGAUAAAAGCAACAAUAUAAUUAUUGAUACAUAAUCAAAUUAAUCUUCUGAAUCGAAGGGAAAAAUUGUUUAAAGCCAACAAAAAUUUAAAAGCACAUCCCUUGAAAAAUCUGAAAACUCCCUUUAAGGGAUCAUAAAAAUAUAGAAAGGUAGUUUUUAGAAUAUGGAAGAAGUAUAGAAUGGCUUGUAAAAUAUUGAAAAAGAUAAUCAAAACUAAAAACUAUUAGAAACAUCUAACAUUUCAUCAUAAAUGAGCAAAUAAGAAAUAAUAAAUCAAGAAACUAAGAAGUAAGCUAGAACGAUUAUAAAAGCUCUCCAAUAAACAGGGAACAACUAACUAAUAAGUAAUAAAUGA